AUGCAGGUGUGUUCUUAUUUGGAAUAAACGACGGUUGCCCCCAGGCAUUUCCUAGAGGGUUUUCUUCAAUGUUUAUCCAAUUAGUCAUCGUUUUUCGGGCGGGUUUGAAUCAAAAUUAACGGAAUUCGGCUAGUACAUUCCAUUUGUUAUAGGGUUACAAAUAGAUGAUAUACAACAAGAUAACGACCCCGCAUCCGGCUGAGUCAUAACAGACAAUCUUGUUUUAAAAAGUAUCAAUUAAGAGUAAUUAAUUGCAGCCCUUCAAAAAGUAUGCAAUGCAGAGGAGGGAUGUGCAAAAACAAGGAAACUGGCCGAAAUCAGGAUCAGAUAUUAUUGUAUUUGUGAUUCUGGAUACUGUGGUCAAUACUGUGAGACCCGGGAACCUUGUCCGUUAAGGCCACGUUCACUCGUAAACGCUUCAAGCCCGUCCAUUACAUCUUGCACAUCGAUGGACUUGAAGUGCGAACAUGGAAGAGCAAAGAUAUUCGAAAAACAAAAUAUUUGUAACUAAUAAAGUUUAUGGUCCGAAUAAAUACUUUUAAGACCUCAAUGUUGACAGAAGUGAGUAAGCAGAAAAGUGCGCGGGCCACGUCCUUUUCUGACGCCCCCCUCCCUUGUCGAUUGCACAAAUACAUCGGUGAUAAGAGUGUCUUGAUUCAGUCAUUCCUCCGAAGAUUCUUGUAAUGUCGAGACUCUCCAGUUUUCUAAUUUUUCUUUUUAUUCUAUCCGCCCGAGGGGCUACAAUUCCUGCCAGUUGGACUCCAUGUGCUCAGAAUAUUUGUAAGAACGGGGGAUCCUGCUAUGACGACGCGGGGGCUCAAUUUUGCACGUAAGUUUCCUCUUUGUGCUGAUUAAGGUCAGCUGAUCCAACUUAGCUCUCUUUUCCCUCCUCUUUUAAACUUCUAACUAAAUUUUGUAAAAAAAUUGUUGGUUUGAUUAACAAAGACUUGCAGAUGUGCAUCUGGUUUUGGGGGAGAAUUAUGUGAACGAACACGUAAGUUUAAAGUAAUGUUUGCAACAACUUGAUUAUAGUAGAACAGCCCCAUAUCGAGUCGGAUGAUGGUCGAAUCGCCUCCCUCAGCCUGGCCUGCUGGAUUCUCGCCUUAUCCUUCUGUUUAUCCCUUUGUUUUGGAAUAAUGGGAUGGAUAUUUUACAGAAAAGAAAGGUAAUCUCAUCAAGAUUGCCAUGAUUACAAUUGAAAUUACAGACAUGAUAGUAAAGAGCUCAGAGAGGAGGUCAAGAGGCUACAAAACGAACUUAAAAUGCAAACCAGCAAACACAAUUUGAUCACAAAAAGAAUCCGAACAAAGCCUGAGGAAAGGAAAUUACUUUCGAAAGAGGUCCCUUAA